UUCUUAGAAUCCUAUAAUUUUUAUUUGAAGUAUUUUUGCCUAUCUGAUUGUGUUCAAAAUAGCCUGGAUUGCUUAAAAUGAGACAUUCUAUAUUUAAUGUUAAUUUAUUUUGAUAUUGAAUUUUGCGUUCGAUGAUUUAUGUUUCAGAGAGCAUCCGUCGACUAUAAAGAAAAGAUUUUUUAGCGUAUUUAUCAUGACUCUAGUUUCACCAGCACCCUUGUAUUUUGGACUAAAUGAAAAAGUGUUUCAAAAGGGAACUAUUUGGGACAUGUUGGGUCUUCGAUGGUCGGGUUUGAUACAGGCGACUGUGAUAUCGUUACUCCUGACGAUGAUCUUGUUCCUGGGUCCCUUGAGCCUGCAGGGAUUCAACGGGCUGUGGCGAUUGUACACCGAACCUAUGUAUUGGCUGGGAAGCGUACGAACUCUAACUUGGUGGAGAAACCAAGUGGUCGCUCCGCUGUCUGAGGAGUGGACCUUCAGAGCCUGUAUGUUGCCGUUGCUCCUGCAAUGUUUCACACCGACUACUGCCAUAUUCGUAUGCCCCCUGUUCUUCGGAGUAGCUCACUUCCAUCACGUAGUGGAGAGGGUAAAGAUGGGAAUGAGCAUCAAGCAUGCAUUGUUUAUAUCCUGUUUUCAGUCUGCAUACACGACGAUAUUCGGAGCGUACGCGGCCUUUCUUUUCGCGAGGACAGGACACUUUGUCGCACCGUUCGCCGCGCAUUCAUUCUGUAAUCACAUGGGAUUUCCCGAUCUUUCUGAAAUAGCAGCGUACAAAGAUCCUUUGAAAAGAGCCGGACUGAUGUGUCUGUUUGUGAUUGGCUUGGUCGCCUGGUGUUUCUUGUUGAUGCCGAUGACUCAUCCAUCAUUGUUCAAUAAUAAUUUAUUCUGGACUAAAAACUUUAUAUGAGAUACAUCUAAUUUUUAACAAAUAUUAGGAUCUAACAAAUAGGAUUAAAUGUUUUUACGCAGAAUUUAUCAUAACUGUUCCAUCGAUUUACAUUGUUGUGUGAUAUUUUGUAUUUAUGUCUAACAGAGUACAAUACUUAUCUGUCGAAGAAUAUCGUGAAAACUAAAAUGACUUUAGACUAAUUUCAACUAUAUAUUCCAUAAAAUGGUAUAUCUAUAGUUUAAUUGAUCAUGCAUUGUUACAAAGUAUAUCACCGUAGUGCCUAAAAGUCAGACUUUUAUAGUUGAUUACAAAUCGUCACAACUGUUAGAUAGAUAAACUUGUUCGCAAAACCAAGAUGCGAAGAAUCUAGCGCUAAUUAUUUACAAAUUGUUACAUACGUCUGUAUGCUAUGACAUCACAUUAUUUCAUAAUCACGUUAAACGUUCUCGAUAUUUUCAGACAGAAAAAGAGAAAUUUUUAUAAACAGAACUUGUAACAUAGAUUAUAAUUAGUGUAAUCUAUUAAGAAAAGUUUCUAAAACAAUGUUUCUAACCGUCUACUUUUAUAACAGUCUGUAUGUAUAGUGUAUAUACGAUGUCCAUAUAUACAAUGGCAGUGAGAUAUUCAAACGAUAAGCGAUACCGCUAUACACAUACCAAUAGUUUAUUUAAAUCACAGAAGUAACGCGGUUACGCAACAACAUUAUUAUACGUUUUAUAUAUGUAUAUGUACAUCGGUGCGAAUGCGUAUACAUUAUAUAUGUAGUGAAGCUAAAAGUAUUUAUGUAUAUAACGAAAUGCAAUUCAGUUUCGAAAUAUGGUUACUCUUUUAAUUGCAUGUACAAUGUAUACCAUUCGUUAAUCGAGAAAUAAGUGGUCAAAGUCAACUUCUUAAAUGAUAUUCAGGGCAUGAAACGCUGAUAGUGAUACAACGUUGAAAUAAUCUUAAGUGUUUUACAUAGUUGAAGCACAAAAUUGCUAUAUAGAAAUUUAUAUAGAACUAUAGUCACAUUGAUUUACGAUACAAAUGUCUAUCAAAAUUGGAGAGUAUUAAUCUUUCAAUAUGUUUCGAGACAUCAAAAUGACAUUACAAGUAACAUGAUUUGUGUAUGAUCAUUUUGUAUGAUUCAUUUUUAUAACAAAACAGAAUAUAUAACUCUAAACAAAA